UUCGACCCCUAGCCUGGGAACCUUCAUAUGCCGCAGGAGCGGCCCAAGAAAUAGCAAAAAAAAAAAGACAAAAAAAAAAUUUCUUUUUGCAUUUAAAUUUACCAGUUUUGGUGCUAAGUUAGGUAUUAGGGAUGAGAGAGACAAAAGCACCAAGGUUAAAUGCCUGAUCUCCAACAUAACAACUAGAAGACCAAAGGUGCUAAUCAUUAAGAUAUGGAAAAAUAGGAACACUCUUGUCCUCAUUCUUUAUAAGUAGCAAAAUAAUUAUAUUCCAUAGGUGAAUUCACUGACCAAGUAAAGAGCAUAUUCACUAUAUCAAGUCAACAAGAAUGACAGAGAAUCAUAGAAACAGAACUAUUCCAAAAUCCAAAUUUACAUGUGAGAAAAUUCAGACCCUGCUUUUAAGAGUGAACUCUCCAAGGUCACCUAGAUAAAUAUAUAUGAAACUCAUUACCAUAAAAGAACCUACAACAAACACCAGAUUAUUUGGAUGUUAUUUUUACUUUUAUUCAUCAUUUCUUAAUCAGGAACACAAAUUCUCUACCUUUGUUUAGUUCUAUAUUCCGUCAAAUGACUUAGACAGUCUUUGAUGACAAAUUUCCCCUCCCUCCCCUUCCUUCUUUUCCUUUACCUCCUCCUGCUCAUCCUCAUACUCCAGGACCUCCUCCUACUGCUCUUCUCAUUCUAGGAUUUGGGCACUGAAGGACUAUGGGCCAAAGAAACUCUACUUCUCUGCAUGAUUUCAUUCUGCUGGGCUUCUCUGACCAUUCCAAACUGGAGAUGGCCCUGUCAGGAGUUGUCGCCACCUUCUACUUGAUCACACUGGUCGGUAACACAGCCAUCAUUCUUGCGUCUCUCCUGGACUCCCACCUCCACACACCAAUGUACUUCUUCCUCCGGAAUUUAUCUUUCCUAGACCUAUGUUUCACAACCAGCAUCGUCCCUCAGAUGCUGGUUAACUUGUGGGGGCCUCAUAAGACCAUCAGCUAUGGGGGCUGUGUCAUUCAGCUCUAUGUUUAUAUGUGGUUGGGCUCCAUCGAGUGCCUUCUCCUAGCUGUUAUGUCCUACGAUCGUUUCACAGCUAUUUGUAAGCCCCUCCAUUAUUUGGUAAUCAUGAACCCACAUUUAUGUCUCAAGAUGAUUAUCAUGGUCUGGAGCAUUAGUUUGGCCAAUUCUGUUGUACUGUGUACACUCACUCUGAAUCUGCCUAGAUGUGGAAACAACCUUCUGGAUCAUUUCUUGUGUGAGUUGCCAGCUAUGCUCAAGAUAGCUUGUAUAGACACCACAGCAGUUGAAUUGUCUGUUUUUGCUUUAGGCAUUGCCAUUGUCCUUACACCACUCAUCCUUAUUCUUAUAUCCUAUGGCUACAUUGCCAAAGCUGUGCUGAGAAUGAAGUCAAGGGCAGGCCAGCGGAAAGCAAUCAAUACCUGUGGAUCUCAUCUCACUGUGGUGUCUAUCUUCUACGGAGCUAUUAUCUACAUGUACCUGCAACCAGGUAACAAUGCCUCCAGAGGUCAGGGUAAGUUUCUCACCCUCUUUUACACCAUCAUCACACCAAGUCUCAACCCUCUCAUUUACACUUUAAGGAAUAAAGACAUGAAGGAGGCACUGAAGAAGCUGAUGACAGUUGACCACAAAUUUACAAAAUCAAAGAGGACCUGGAAGUCAUAGAAAAAAUUAGCAAGGAUAAGGCAAUGAAAUAUUUUCUAGUUGUCUUUCAUUUUUAACUGAGGCAAGUAAUCCCUAGACUAUAGAGAUCAAUGAAUAUAAUUCUUGUAUGCAAACAUUUUGUGGACACAAAUAAUAUAAUAACCACCCUACUGGG